AUGUCCGCGCCCGUCGUGGAUCUCACGGGCAGCGAUGACGAAGGACAUCCAGACGCAGAUAACAAUGCAACAAUGUACAAUGCAUCACAAAACGAGUCGAUUGCAGCGACUUUAGAUGGCGACUCGGAAAUUGAAGAAGUUGUGCUCGAAAACCUGUCCGACGACGAGAUUGCGCGUCGCAUUUCUGCAGCAAACAGACUCCGCAUUCAACGUCUCCGUAGACGAGAACAGGAACGCCGUGACGAUGCGCCCGCUGACCAAGGCGAGGCGCGACGGCCGUGGCAGAGAAACGGAUUCCCGUACGCGUCACCAGAUCCACCACUCAUAGAUCGAGAGGUUAUUGAAAUCAGUAGCGGUGAUGAAGAAGAGCCCGAGCUCGUCGAGGACGACGUCCAUCGCGCGCGGAGACACGCCCAGCGAGCAAGACAGGUCGAACAGGCAAUGGAUGAGCCACGUAGGCGACGAGGCAUGGCCUUUGAUCCUAAUCUAGACCAAUACGCCCUCCCAGUCCCAGUACCAGCAUUCCGAAACAAUUUGCCUCGACCCGCUCCGCGGAAUGGUGGGCAUUUUGAACGAGAGAGACGACCUUUGCAUCACCGUGAUCUCUAUCUCGAAGCCCUGUACGCCCAAGAUCAGUUACGAGAUCAGUACCGUCGCAAUGCCGCUGCCCGAAAUAGGCAGUUUGAUUUUAUGGGUGGCCUUCGUGCUACGGUUGGCGCCCUAGGCAACUUGCUCGGUUGGGGAGCGAAUAAUCCGGACCCACCGGUAUAUCAAGACUUCUUUCGUGCAGAGGAGCCUAUUCCCAUCCGAGUUCCAGACGCUCCCGAUUAUCAAGUCUCGUUUACUCAUCCAAACAUUCCCGCUGGCUUCACUGCCGAUUUCGAACCCGUCGAACCGGACACGAUUACGCUCGAUGGGAGUAGCGACGAGGGCUCGCUCUUCAACGACGAGACGCCGUCUUCGCGUCGUAAAAAGGGUAAAGGAAAGGCGGCACGAGAACCGACGCCAGAGCCCAAGCCCACGACGGUGCUCACGCUCGUCUGCUGCUCUUGUCGAGAUUCGCUGAUGAUUGGGGGAGAGAGAAGGUUGUAUAGUCUUCGAUGUGGACACGUCCUUGACGAAAAGUGUCUGUGGAGAGUCGGCACCCCUGCAGAGGACGACUCUAUGGGCGUUUCGACAGUCGAUUCUGCAGCGUUUCAGGCGGAACUCUCCAAGCGAAACGUACAGAUAAGAACGUCUAAAAAGCUCGCCGAUGCGACUUCGGUCACUGCCGAAAACGGGAGUGUUGUCUAUCAAGAGGACAAUGAUCCCGAACCCGCGCCCGUCGCUUCUACAUCAUCUUCCUCCUCUCGUCGACCUGGUGGUGUCGUUCCUGCUCCCAAUCGUCGUAGUCGUCGUUUUAUCACUGCAGACGACAUUGACGAACAGCUUCCACCCAAUCUCACCUCUUCUGGACCCACGCUCGAUCUUUCAAACCCCAUGCUCCCUGUUCUCAAUAAUAACACUUCCCUUCUAAGCCGCAUCAGUGAUAUACCUGCUCGAGGAGAACGAGCACCGAAUGAACCGCCGCGUUCGAACGGGCGGCGGAAUACGAAAAGGAAAAGGUUGCGGACGCGAAUGGCGGCAAAGACGGGUGGGAAGCUCAGGGAGGAAGUGUACGAGUGGGCGUGUCCUGUAGAGGGUUGUGGGCAGGUACAUAUCAGUGUGCGCUAUCAAGCGACUGCGGCGCGGUGGAGAUGUGACGCUACGCGAGGUGCGAUUCAAAUGUUCUUGUGA